GGCUAUUUGCUUUUGGCUUUGGCGUCCCUGUGCUCUCGAUGGCAUUUCUCUCACUUCAGCGGACACGCGCACCCAGUAGAUGAUGGGCGGAGAAAGGUAGAAUGGUAGAAUGACAGAAGUGAUAAAGCACCAAUUACAACAAAGAAUCACGAGUUUCACAUAACUGUAUGGGACAUCAUCUAAGGGGAAGCUAGCUAGCUAGUUGAUUACGGACUUGCGAAGCAACAAAACAAGUUGGUAUAGGGUAGCUAUGAUCAAAUACUGAUCCUUAAAAAAGUCAUAAUACGCAAGCAGCGUAUUAUGACUUCAUAUACUUGCGUAUGGCCACGACUACAUUGUUUAGUACUUAAACGUUAAAAUGACGGAAGAGGUUAACUGGGAAGAAGAUUUGGAAGAGGACGCCGCGAUAGCAAACCUCGUCCAUCAUUUGAAUAUCCACAAACAACAUAUUGGGAAAUCAGAUCGUAAUUCUGAAGCACGACCAUCAAAUGAAAGAGUGGACUUUGUUGCAUUGCCCUGUGGUCAUCGAAUGCCGACAGACUAUGUUGUUGCUUGCUUCAAGUAUUAUCUUAAACAGAAAGAGACUGAAUUUUCCUGCCCUCGUUUCGAUGAGGUUCAGAAGAAAUCCUGCGGUCUGAAGCUCUCUUAUCAGGACCUCUGUCAGCUGAUACCACUGACAGACAAACAAAGGGAAUUCUUAGAGGAGAAUCUCGCUGCCCUUGUUGCUAGAAGGCUGUUUGACAUUAAAGCUUGUCCAGGAUGUCAGUCUCAUGUGGAAAGACGAGAUCGAAGUAACCUGUGCGUAAACUGCACUAUCUGCACGGCCAACCUGAAACGGACUUACUUCUUCUGCUGGAACUGCUGCAGGGAAUGGAAAGGGCCGACCAAUAAUUCUGUGCGAUGUGAAAAUACUGGCUGUGGACAGAGAGUGAGACCUUCAGAUCCCCUUAUUCCAUGCAAUCCUGAGUUUAAAAUGAAAAUGCUUAAAGAACAGGGAGACGAUAUAUACCAGGUAAAAGACAAAGCCCAUGAGAGAAAACGUUUGGCACUGCUUAUCAACAAUGUAGAAUUUAAAAACUUAGAUGACAGGACUGGGGCAGACAAGGAUGAGCUGAGUAUGGAAGUGCUGCUCAAAGGUCUGGGUUACACUGUGAUCACACUCAGAGACCUCAGUGCACAGGGUAUGCUUGCUGCCAUGCGAGACUUCGCCCAGCGAGAGGAACACACUGAAUCGGACAGCUGCUUUGUGGUCUUGAUGUCCCAUGGAGAUGCCAAUGGAAUCUGUGGGGUUUUUGACUCUUUCGACAAUGAAGAGGAAGAGGACAUUUUUCCAACAGAUUACAUUUUUAAUAGCUUGAACACUCGGAACUGUGCUGGAUUGCGGGACAAGCCAAAAAUCAUCCUUAUCCAGUCUUGUAGGGGUGAUAAAGAAGGCAGUGUGGAUGUCCCGGACGCUGCGCCCAGACGCAGCAGAAGUAAAGAGCACCGUGAAACAGACUUCUGCUGCCUGAGAUCCUGUACUCCAGAUACUGUGUCCUACAGAAACAAAAAAAAAGGCUCAGAUUUCAUCCAAGACAUUGUGGAAAUAUUUAAUCAGCAUGCUCACCAGGAUGACAUCGAGGAACUCUUCAGAAAGGUCAUUAAGAAGUUUAAGACAACACAUCCAGAUCAAAUGCCAUGCAAAGAAAGAGCAACAUUAUCUAAGAAAUUCUUCCUCUUCCCUGGGCUGUAAGAGACAGCAACUACAACUUCUGUCAUCAUUAUUUUAGAAACAUGAUUUAUGCAUCUUUUAAUUAUCAUCUCAGGAGUUCCUGUUUAAAGAAAACAAGAAUUUAUUGGCAUUUGAAUGAGUUUGUGUGUUCAUAUGAUCCUUGAUUAUUUAUGUUGUUGUCCAGCUUGAAAUUUGACUUGAGCACCCCCAAACCCAAACCAAACUAUUUUACAAAUAAAGUUAAAAAAAUAUUGAUAGAAGGAUUGAUACAAUUAAAUUAACUAGCUCUAUUCUUAACACAUUUUCUCAAUAUUAAAGCUAUGUGAUUUUCCCACAAUUUAUAUGAAAAAAAGAGGAAACAAAAUAGGAUAAUGAAAUACAUGAUUUAUGUUGACCUGUUAGUUUGCUAGAUCUGCUGACCUAGACUGCAGAUAUAAUUUCUUGUAAGCCCUGGAUUACCUGUAUAAUGAAACAGAAACCAGCUACACUGUGAUCACAGAUUUAAGAUUUUUCUUAAAUAUACCAUUAGAAGUAUCUGAAUAAAGGUUGUCUCAGCUAAA